UAAAUACUACUUACAGUCUACAAUUUAUACAGUCUGAAAUCCAGUUUCUUGAUUCUAUCUUCUCAUCUAUCUAUCAUUCGCUCAGCUUCUCUCAGUUGUUAACAGACUGGUUUAUUGUGAAGAAGUGAUAAAUACUAAAACAGUCCAGGGGAAAAAUGGGGAAAAUUGUCUUUUUACUUCUUAUGGUUAUCACAGACUUAGAUUACAUUUCAAGCAUUCCCGCAACAGAUUCAAGCUCAGUUAAUUUCUAUGAUGAAGAUAUUUCUGCCUCUAUCUCUGAGAUCCCUCCAUGCCCAGAUGGACAAGAUUUCUGUGAAUCCCCUGAAGACUAUCCCUUGGAAAUAUCAUCUCGAGCUGCAUUAUUCACAAACCCUUCUGUGUUCAGCUCACCUGGAGAAGUUGGCCUACAAACUAGAAUUGGGGGACUAACUCAAGAAUCAAGAGCAUGCGAUUCAAGAAAAUCCACCAUUUUCCCAAGGAAAGCUAGAGAUCUAUCUGGAACUUUCAAGUAUAUUCUUAACAGUGAUAAAUAUUCUCAAUCCCUGGAAAUUGAACAAUGCAUAGGCGAAGGUCUGAAAUGCAGAGUGGAUAGUGAUGCACCUUCUCCAGAUUCAACCUUUUGCAGACAGAAGUAUGCCAAGUAUCAAUUUAUUGCACUUGACAAAGAUGGAAAUGAGAUUCUUGAGUUUUUUAAACUCCCAGCUGCAUGUCUUUGCUACCAUACUCGAGAAGAAUCUGGUGGGUUUGGAAUUUUGAGAUUUGGUGCUCCAGUUACAACAACACUUCCAAUAUGUCCUAAGAAAGCUCAGCCUCUGACAUCAAGAUUUUCAAAUGAUAAGCCAGUAGAGGUCAAUACUGAUAUCCAGUUCCCAAACAGUGGUGAAAAUACGGGUGGACCAGCUCGACGAUAUGGAAGACAGCAGAGGGAUAUUCAAUUCCCUGAUAGCAUGGAAACCUGGGAGAGCAUUCAACAAAGAAAGUUAAGUGGACACUUGCUGGCAUAUUUCAAUUCUCAAAAUCGAAAUUAUAGGCAAGCGUCAUCUGAAGAAUUGUCUGCUGAUUCAUAUGAAGAAUUGUCUGCAGAGUCAUCUGAAGAAAUAUUGUUUUCAGCCAAUACAGAAAAUCUGGAAGCCAGAGGAUGUGGUGAUAAAAGUUACUGUGAAGAUUCUACUUUCUAUCCGGAAUCUUAUGUAGUAAAUCUUCUUGAGACCAACUCUAAAAUCCCUCCUGGAAUUGUUAACAAAUUUGUCAAGCAAGCAUGUGUUGAUCAAGCAGAUCUAAUUCAAAUCAGACAGUUUAAUCUGAAUGAAGAGCAGCUCUGUCAGGCCCCGAAUAGAAUAAUUGCUCCCAAGCAAGCACAAAAUCUUAACAAUGAAUGGAGAUUCAUUGUGAACAUUAGAAAUCUGACCCAAACCGUGGAGAUUGAAGAAUGUAUGAGUGAAAAUGUUGUUUCUGGGGGAACUACUGCUUCUGUAACUCAAAAGGAAAUGGAUUUUGGAUCUUGUCGGUACAGUGGCAUUUUAGGAAACAAUCCUAGUAAAACAUCCUGCAAACAACUCUACAGGGAGCAUAAGCUUCUGGCAGUUACAAAUUCAGGACUAGAAAUUGACAGCUUCAGGUUUCCAUCUGCCUGCUCCUGCUUCAUUAGAGAAGAGUUCAACUUUGAGUUCAGAAAGACAACCUGAUCCUUUAGCUGUUAUCAUGCUACAUAAUAUCAGAAAUAUAUAUACUCAACUUGUGUCAAAAUAAAAACUAAAAUAUUAUAAAAUAAAUGUAUUUACACAAU